AUGCAUCGUUUUACUGACAUAGAUUCAAAAUCUAAACGACUGACACCAGUCUAUGGCUACUUAACGCAUCAACUAUUACCUCUACAGAAAGUUCUCGAACCAAUCUUAUCUCAGAUCGAUCAACUAGAUCAUUUUAGUAAAAUAGCUAAAAACGAAUGUCACUUUCCUUCUGAACAUGGUCUUACUCGAGAUGAAUCAGCUGCUGUUUUUCUCUACACAAUGGAAUGGGGUGAAACUAGUUUAUACCAAGUAAUUAAUCGUGCUCUUCGCGCCGAAGAUCGAUCAUCAUUAAAGCCAUGGUUUGGCUAUCUUAAAUUAUUUGAUACAGCUGUACACAAGUUACCUACUGUUCGAAAAAAUCUAUGGCGUGGUGUUGCAACAGACGUAGCGAAUAACUUUAAAGCGGGCGAUGAAUUCACCUGGUGGACCAUUAGCUCAUGUUCAACUUCCGUUACUAUUAUCGAAAAAUUUCUUGGAUCAAACUCAACUUUAUUCUUAAUUGAAGCCGUGAAUGGAAAAGAUAUUUCAGGUUACACGAAUUACCCAGGCGAGAAUGAAGUUAUUCUUUGUCCAGGCACUAGAUUUCGUGUAUUCGGUGAUCCUCUUCAUCGACCACCCAUGCACAUAGUCCAUUUACAAGAAGUUACUGAUGAAACCGAACACGAACUCGCAAAAACCUUUAAUGCGAUCGCAGUGUCAUCUUCAAAAAAUGAAAUCAUAUCGACAGCAACAAAUGUUCAGUCUUUACAGAUUCAAACUCUUACUGAUAAAUCAGGGAAUAGAUAUGAAACAAUGGUUCAUAUAUUAUACACGCUGAGCUACUGUUGCAUAGCUAUUUGGUCUGAACAACACGUAAUUACAGAAUACUGA